AUGAUGGAUGCUACUUUGGAGACACUGCUGCUCUCUGGCGCAGUGACGUGCCUGAUGGGAUGGCGUAAGCGGCAAUUUGUGGAUCGAACUAUCGAACUACAUACAGAUGGUGUACUGUAUUGUUAUGAGGAACCACGAAACUCCAUGGCAAAAAAUCUUCAAGAACGUCUUUGUUUAACUGGGGCACGUGUGGUAGACUGUGGUACCCAUUGUGGCAGUCUUUGCUUUGCUCUAGAACUCGCGAGCCCAAGUAGUGUGGAACAGCUACAGCCCUCUGGAAUUUUUUCCUCGUUAAAAUCUUCCAGCGUACGUGAUUCAAAUAAUAAUACAGGACCAUCGAACAGGCGGUGUGUGGCCCUAUUUUUUACCGGUGAUAAAUUGCUUAAGUGGAGAUUUAUUCGUCAUUUACGCUGCGCGGCGGCGUCUUUGCAAAGAAAGAACGAUGCACUGUUGCAAGAUGGUAAUUUAUCUGGCGAUAUAAGUGGGAAGUACAGAUUGUUAUAUCGUCCACCGAGAGUAAUGGAUGAAACUGGUGAUGGACCAUUGGAGUUGCAUGAAGUGGAACAACUGGAGGAUGUCCUGCGCGAGUAUGAAAGACUCAAACAAUCUAAAAAAAAGACAGAUAAACAAUUGAUGAAAAGUGAAGAAAAAGUGAAGAAUGGAGAGUAUCAAAGUCAUAACAACCACUACCAGUACCAGCAAGAGAACCAGGUGAAUGGAAGUAAACAGAAGAAUGGUAGUGAGGCCUUAACCAACUCUUCCAAUGGAAGGUGUGAAGGGAAAGAAGAGGAAGAGGAAGAGGUAAUGAAUGAUAUUCCUAUUCGACUAACACAAUCACCUCUCUUUACAAGUUGUAUCGCAAGCAAUCAAUCAAAUCAGUUCUGUGCAGACUGUGGUGCAAAAUGGCCUACAUGGGGGUUACUUCAACCGUUUGGUGGCUUUGUUUGCAUCCACUGUGUUGGCGUCCACCGGCAGCUAUGGCCACACAGGUGUCGUGAAGCACAGCUGGAUUCUUGGAAUACAGUUGAUAUCGCAUUCAUGGCAAAUCGUGGUAAUGCCACCUUGAACGACGAACUUGAGUAUGGAGGGUAUGUCUCUAGCAAUGGCGAGCCUGUAUACAAACCGGUGGGGUCUCGUUCCCAGCAUGAAGUUAGGGAGCGUUAUAUUAGGCUAAAGUACAAUAGGGCCUUUACGCGGGAAUGUAACGUCGCGGUAUCACAAGCGACGUUGCCACCACGUGACCCAUUAGCCCAAGAUGUGGCAAUAUCACCACACGAAGAGAUAAUAGAUAAUGAAGAGGGCCCACCACGAUACAUUGGCGUGGCGUAUAUCACUGUGAGAGAAGUAGAGGGCAUCAGUAGCAAUGGUGCAGUCGUAGCGCUCACAAAUGGGUUUCAAGAGGUGCGCAGUCAGGCAGGUAUUACUUCCAGUAGCAAUAGUAGUACUCAGUGGGAUGAGUCCUUCCAGCUUGGUGUGCAUUGCCGCACAGACCCCUUGUAUGUAGCGGUCUAUAGCAGCGACGACAAACUACUGGGUGUUGCCGAGUGGACUAUUCCCGAUGGUGACGCAGUGUGUAGUGGAGAACAAAAACACCAGCAACACCAUCAAGAACAACAACUGAUUACAGUACCUUUGCUCUGGUGUACUAAAGGGGCAGAUUCCGGACUCUCAGUUGGUAAAUUUUUUGGUGGCGAUCGUCGCCAAAGAGGAAGUGAGGGGCCUAGGCCGCUAUUGUACCUCACUGUUUCGUUUGGACUUUUUGGCUAA